AUGGAUGGUCUUGAGGACCAGUGGAGGAAGUUCAGGUUAACGGAAGAAGAGGAGGUGGUUCUGGAAAUAAAUAGCAGUGGUGGUGAAGAGAUAUCACGAAAGGGUAACAGAAGUCUCAUUGGGAAGGUAUGCACAGACAGAGUUGUGGGGAAGGACCUCAUUAGUAACAAAAUGGCAAAAAUAUGGAGAAUUGUUAAAAGGGCUACCUUUCAAGAAGUUAAUAAGAAUAUCUUUACUAUUAUGUUUGAGACCCAUGUAGAUAUGCACAUAAUCCUGGAGGGCAAACCAUGGACUUUUGAUAAUGCUUUGUUACAGAUACAUGACUUACCUCUAGGUUGCAUGACAAUGGAAUGGGGGACUCAAAUUGGUGGUUCCAUGGGACGAGUUCUAGAAGUUGAUGUUGAGGAGGAUGGUAUUGGAUGGAGGAGUUGUCUGCGGGUAAGGGUGGAGGUAUCUCUCUAUAAAGCCAUCGCAAGAGGUCGUUUUAUAAGCUACCAGGGCUCUAAACUUUGGGUUCAAUUCCGAUAUGAGAAUUUACCCAAGAUUUGCCUUAAAUGCGGCUAG